CUACAUGUUAUAUUUUCACUUGUUAGUGUGUGAAAAUUACACUUUAUUGAGUUCGACUUUUUUCAGUGUGUGACAUGGAUGAUUCGAGGUAUUGGAAAAGACCACUGAAAUUCCAUGAGUUGUUGGAGGAAAUUGCAAAUCUCGAUGCAGAAAUACCGAAUAAUAUUUACAUAUUGCCUCCUGAGAAUGCAAAUGAAGAAAUCACAGAUGAAGAUUCCGGGGAUGAAGAGACCGUGAAUAUGAACAACUUACCUGGAAGUCAGCUGCGUGCCGAAGUACAAGUAAGUUUUGAGGAACGUACUCAAACUCCGGAACCUCAAACUCCGGAACUAGAGAGCGAUCUUUGGGAUAGUGAAGAUGAUUUACCUUUGUCCGUUUUCCGUACUAAAGAAACUGGCUCGAAAAAAAAAGCGCAUUUACAAAUGGUUGCAAACAGACAUAAAUUCAGAUUUUUCUUUGUGGAAUGAUAUUUAUGGACCAAAA